AGAUUAAAAGCACCAACAAAUAUGAAUAAAAACAUCUUUCAUGUCUUUGUCAUGAGUGUACUCUGUUGCUUACUUACAACUGCUGCUUUAACCAGCCUUUUACUCCCUGUCUGCAAGGACAUCUCUGAAGCUGACCCGAUAAAUGUCACUUACGAAUCCUGCAUAUCAACACUUGGGUCGGAUCCUCGCAGCCUCACAUCAACUGCCCCACAACUAGCUACAAUCUCCUUUAAGUUGAGUAUAACAAGUGCCAAAGCCAUUAAUUCAACCAUUGGCACGAUCCUAAAUCUCAACAUAACCGGUCCUAUAGGAGAAAAUGUAUUGGAAGAUUGCCAGGGCAUCUACUCGAGAGUUCCUGGUGAUCUAGAAGCAGGUCUUGAGGCUAUAAAAGCAGGAGACUUUGACACAGCAACAAGUGCAAGGGUAAGUGCAGCCAUAAAUGCUGCUACCACUUGCGGAAAUAAGAUCAAGGAGAGGGUAGGGGAGAUAGAUCCUUUGAGAAAGAAAAUUAAUGAUUUUCACCAGUUGGAUGCUAUUUCUUUUGGUUUCAUCAAAUUGUUGCGGAUUAUAAAUUGAUUAUGUA